CCUGCCAUCUUGGCUGCUUCCGCGGGAGCCGCCAAACAAACGCCGAAGGUGCCCGAAGCCCAUCGGCCGCCGCGGGGCGGAGGGGUCGAUGGUGGCGCCGGGGAGGGCUGGCAGGGAGGCUGAGCUCUGCAGGAGCCGACGGACGGAGGAACGAUGCCGGUGGUGUGGCCAACACUUCUGGACCUCAGCAGGGAUGAAUGCAAAAGGGUCCUCCGUAAAUUGGAACUGGAAGCCUACGCCGGAGUGAUCAGUGCCUUGAGGGCCCAGGGAGACCUGACCAAGGAGAAGCGGGACCUUCUGGGGGAACUUUCUAGAGUGCUGAGCAUUUCGACGGAAAGACACCGGGCGGAAGUUCGGAGGGCUGUCAACGAUGAACGCCUGACAACCAUCGCACAUAACAUGUCCGGGCCUAACAGCUCUUCGGAGUGGUCCAUCGAAGGCCGCCGGCUGGUUCCUCUGAUGCCCCGGUUGGUUCCACAAACGGCCUUCACCGUCACGGCCAACGCGGUGGCCAAUGCCGCUCUCCAGCAUAACGCCUCUCUCCCUUCCCCUGCGGAAACGGGAAGCAAAGAAGUCGUGGUUUGUUACUCCUACACAACUACCACCUCUACGCCGACGUCCACUCCCGUACCGAGCGGUAGCAUCGCAACGGUUAAAUCCCCCAGACCUGCCAGCCCGGCUUCCAACGUUGUCGUUCUCCCAAGCGGAAGUGCUGUUUACGUUAAAAGCGUCAGUUGUUCGGACGAGGACGAGAAGCCCCGCAAGAGACGCCGCACCAACUCCUCCAGCUCCUCCCCGGUGCUCCUAAAAGAGGUCCCCAAAGCCAUCCCGCCGGUCACCAAGACCAUCACGGUGCCCGUGGGGGGCAGCCCCAAGAUGAGCAGCAUCAUGCAAAGCAUCGCCAACUCCCUGCCGCCCCACAUGUCUCCCGUGAAGAUCACCUUCACCAAGCCCUCCUCCACUCAGACCACCAACACCAACACCCAGAAGGUCAUCAUCGUGACCACCUCACCCAGCUCCACGUUCGUCCCCAACAUCCUCUCCAAAUCCCACAACUACGCAGCCGUCACCAAACUCGUCCCGACGUCGGUGAUAGCGUCCACCCCGAAGCAGCCCGUGGUCAUUACGGCUUCCCAGUCCUCCCUGCUUAACCACAGCACCAGCCCCACCACAACCAGCCUCGCCGCAGGGAGCUGUUCCACGCCUUCUUCCACGCCCAGCACCGUUGCGGUGACCACCGUGGUGUCCUCCACGCCCUCCGUGGUUAUGUCGACGGUGGCGCAGGGGGUCUGCACCUCAGCGAUUAAGGUGGCCGCUGCCCCUACCAUCUCCGAAAAGCCUGAUGGGACGCCCAGCCAGAUCCUCGCCCAGUUCCCGCAGCAGCUGACUUCCGCUUCACCGGCCGCCCCGCCUCCCCCCCAGGCGCCCCCAGCACCCCAGCAGUCCCCUCUGACCCCCCACAUUAAGCCCACCAUCCAGAUCAAGCAAGAAUCAGGUGUCAAAAUCAUCACCCAGCAGGUGCAGCCCAGCAAAAUCCUUCCCAAGCCCGUCACGGCGACAUUGCCCAGCAGUAGCAACUCUCCCAUCAUGGUGGUGAGCAGCAAUGGGACCAUCAUGACCACCAAGCUGGUCACGGCUCCCGCCGGGACUCAAGCGACUUACACCCGUCCGACUGUGAGCCCUUCUAUCGGGGCACGGGUGACGGGCACGCCUGGCGCAGCCACCUACGUGAAAACCACUAGCGGUAGCAUCAUCACAGUCGUCCCGAAAUCGCUCGCCACGCUGGGAGGCAAGAUCAUCAGCAGCAACCUUGUGUCUGGUAACUCCUUGAUGAAGACGUAUUUUCAGCAAAAAGGAACGACCACCAAGAUCACCACAAUCCCGGUGACAUCGAAGCCCAAUGUCAUCGUCGUGCAGAAAACCGCGGGAAAAGGCACCACCAUCCAAGGACUUCCGGGGAAAAAUGUGGUCACGACGUUGCUGAACGCGGGGGGAGAGAAAACGAUUCAAGGUGUCCCGGCUGGUGCCAAACCAGCUAUCAUCACUGCCACCCGGCCCAUUACGAAAAUGAUCGUCACACAGCCAAAAGGGAUUGGCUGCGUCCAGCCAGCGACCAAAAUUAUCCCCACCAAAAUUGUAUACGGACAGCAAGGGAAAACUCAGGUCCUCAUCAAACCCAAGCCAGUGACCUUCCAGGCCACGGUGGUUAGCGAGCAGGCGAGGCAGCUGGUGACGGAGACCCUCCAACAGGCCUCCCGCGUGGUGGAGACCAGCAACGCUUUCCUGCCAGAGGUGAAGGAAGAGCCCCUGGUGUAUACUGACAGCAGCUCCUCCUCGGUGGAGUCCAUCCAAAGUUCCCAAGAUUCCCACCCGUGGUCCACGUCAAUCGCUUCCCGGAGCCAGGAUUGGUCGAACAUGAAAUCUCCGUGGAUUCCAGUCCCCACCAUCAUCUACCAGAUGUCUCUGGGCGAAGCUCAGUCGGCGACAUCGACCAUUAAAGCCUUGGUGGAGCUCCAGCAGACGACCGUCAAAGAGAAGUUGGAAACUAAGCCUCGUCAGCCACCAUUGACCUCAGCCAAAUGCCGUCCCGAUCCAGAUGCCCAGGAAAAGCAGCAUUCUCCCGAAAGUCCCUCAAUUGCCGUGGUGGAAUCUGAGCUUCUGGCAGAAUACAUCACCACGGACUCUGGAAGGCUUCACUGUGUUUCCUUCGCAUGCAGAGGAGUAUCUUCAGAACCACAUUGGAGUCACCGGUCACAGUCCCACCAGCCAUCCUCCGAGCCCCACCGGACCUUGCUUCAACACGUGGCCCAAUCCCAGACAGCGACGCAAACCUCGGUCGUGGUGAAAUCCAUCCCCACCUCUUCCGCUGGCGCCAUCACGCACAUCAUGCAGCAGGCCUUGAGCAGCCACACGGCUUUCACCAAACACAGCGAACAGCUGGGCACCGAGGAAGGGGAAGUAGAAGACACCUUGGACCCUCAAACCGGGCUCUUCUACCGGUCGGCUUUGACCCAGGUGCAAAAGCAGCAGAAGCUGAGCCAGGCCCAACUGGAGCAAACUCAGCUCCAAGUCAAGACCUUGCAGUGCUUCCAAGCCAAGCAGAAGCAGACCAUCCACCUCCAGGCGGAGCACCUGGCCGCCAAGCUGCCCCAGCUGCCCCAGCUCUCCAUCCGACACCAGAAACUCGCUCCCCUCCAGCAGGAUCCGGGUGCCGCCAAACUGGACCUCCAGCAGGCCGGCGCCCCUUCCGUCACCCGUGAGAGGCAGCUGCCCACCUUGGUCGCCCAACCCCAACAGACUGUGGUUCAGGUGCUGGCGGUGAAGACCACCCAGCAGCUGCCCAAGCUUCAGCAGGCCCCCACGGCGCAGAAGAUCUACGUCCAGCCCCAGAGCCAGCUGCAGCUCCCUGCCGCUCCCGAGAAGGCGCCCACAAGCCAGGUCCACCAGCCCAUCAUCACCCAAGGAUCGUCUGUUACAAAGAUCACCUUCGAAGGUCAUCAGCCCCCCACGGUCUCCAAGGUGACCCCACCCCUCCCCACCCUGUUUCCUGGGCAGUUGGCCGCCAAGACGGCAGUGGCGGACAUUUUGAAGAUGUCCAUGAUGGAGGCCCAGAUCGAGCCCAGCGCCGGAGGCGAUGCGGCGCGCAAGGCCUGCCCCCCUGCCCACCCUCCGGGCGAAGCGGAGUCGACCCCCACCUCCGUGCUGAAGGCGGCCCUGGGAGGGGUGCCCCCAAUGGGAACGGCUUCCGUCUUGCAGCAGGUGAAAACCUUGGACUCGAAUUCGAGCCCUCCUGGCAUGGGGCUGCCUCUCCAGGAGAGGAAGCUGAACCCCCCGGCUCCCCCCACCGCCAGCCAAUUCAUCCGUAUCCAGAAUGUCGCUGCCCCCAAAGCUGAGGAACUGGCGGCCGAAAUCCUCAUCCAGACAAUCCCGCAGUAUUCGGUGGCCUGCCAUUCCACCUCCAACGUGGUGGUCGAGCCCAGCGGUCUUCUGGAGAUGAACAACUUCACCAGUCAACGCCUUGACGAGGAAGACACCGUCAUGGAGCAGGAUAUGGACAGCAGCAACGAAGACGGGACGGAGCCCAGCCCGACGCAGAGUUCGGGACAGACCUAGCGCGAUUCGGGAAGUUGCGAUGCACUUUAAGGCAACCGCCGAAGGCCCGCCUGGCUGUUGGUUUUCCGGAAAGCUCUUAUCUCAGUCGUAAGAAGCACUUUGUAUGUCCGAGGUCUUCGAGCAGGCUGACGUCCAGCCUCGUUCACGGCAACAGUAUUGGGGAGACCAGGGUUGCAAAACGGUUUGGGCGAGCGAGGCCCCCCACGUCCGCCCUGUGGCAACCCGGCGACAGUAGAAUGUAUUUUCAUUGAAGGCAAGAGAGCAAAAAGGACACGCAGUGAUUUUUUUAUUAUAUUAUUAUUAUUAUUAUUAUUUUUCCCAUGAUGGUAUAUUGAAGUUUCGUUUGCUACGAUAUCCUGGAUUUUCUAUUGGAAUAUUGUGGUGGUUUUUUAUUUUUAAAGAAAAAAGAAAACUGCAACAGCCACCAAACUAACCUUCUCUUAUUCUCUCCCGAAGCCACGAACCAGAGUUUGCCGGUGAACGCGUUUUCAUCAAAAAGAAUGAUUUUGUUUUUAAAGGUAUCACUUGUUUCUCUUAAAAUUGAUCAUAGGGAACGUUCAGACAUGCUGUUUUACGCAGGGAGGGAGAAGCAGAGAAAGAGGCUGCUUCUCACCUUUUUUAUUUCCAAGUAAAUUUUGAAGUAUUAGCUUUUAAAACAAAACGGAAGUCAGUUUCAAAAUAUUAUCCUUUGAAACGAAACGGAAGUCAAUUUCAAAAUAUCCUUUAAAACAAAACUAAAGUCUAAUUCAAAAUAUUAGCUUUUAAAACAAAACGGAAGUCAAUUUCAAAAUAUUAUCCUUUGAAACGAAACGGAAGUCAAUUUCAAAAUAUCCUUUAAAACAAAACGAAAGUUAAUUUCAAAAUAUCCUUUAAAACAAAACGAAAGUUAAUUUCAAAAUAUCCUUUAAAACAAAACGAAAGUCAAUUUCAAAAUAUUAUGCUUUGAAACGAAACGAAAGUUAAUUUCAAAAUAUCCUUUAAAACAAAACGAAAGUCAAUUUCAAAAUAUUAUGCUUUGAAACAAAACGGAAGUCAAUUUCAAAAUAUUAUGCUUUGAAACAAAACGGAAGUCAAUUUCGAAAUAUCCUUUAAAACAAAACCGAAGUCAAUUUCAAAAUGUUAGC